AUGGUGGCGAAAACCUUAGCACUUGUUAUAACAUUCACCAUCUUCUUCUGCCGCGAGGCAUCUUCCUUAGAGGACCUCACCAUACGCCAAGUCACAGACGAUCCACUUCCCAAUCUCCUCGGGACACACACGGAGAGAAAAUUCCGGGUUUUCAUGUCCGACUACGGCAAGAGCUACUCUACGCGGGAGGAGUACGUCCACCGUCUUGGUAUAUUCGCUAAAAACGUCCUCAAAGCGGCGGAGCACCAGAUGUUGGACCCCACCGCCGUCCACGGAGUCACACGGUUCUCUGACCUGACGGAAGAGGAGUUCAAGAGGAUGUACACUGGAGUAGCUGAUGUUGGCGGCCGCCGUGGCAGUGUGGUUGGAGCGGAGGCACCCAUGCUUGAGGUCGAGGGGUUGCCUAAAGAUUUUGAUUGGAGGGAGAAAGGUGCGGUUACUGAGGUCAAGGAUCAAGGUGCAUGUGGAUCGUGCUGGGCUUUUAGCACAACAGGAGCAGUUGAAGGAGCCCAUUUUGUCUCCACCGGGGAGCUUGUUAGUCUUAGCGAACAACAACUUGUGGAUUGUGAUAAAGCGUGCGAUCCAGAGGACAAGAAAGCCUGCGAUGAUGGAUGUGGUGGUGGACUCAUGACAAAUGCGUAUGAGUAUUUGAAGGAGGCAGGAGGCUUAGAAGAGGAAAAGUCAUAUCCUUACACUGGUAAACGAGGCCAUUGCAAGUUUGAUCCUGAAAAGAUUGCAGUAAAAGUAGUGAACUUCACGAAUAUACCAUUGGACGAGGACCAGAUCACAGCAAAUUUAGUACAUCAUGGUCCUUUAGCAGUGGGGCUAAACGCGGUGUUCAUGCAGACGUAUAUAGGAGGAGUGUCGUGUCCGCUAAUAUGCAGCAAGAAGAAGAUUAACCACGGGGUACUUCUUGUUGGGUACGGAUCAAAAGGGUUUUCGAUCUUGCGACUCAGUAACAAACCGUAUUGGAUUAUCAAGAACUCGUGGGGGAAGAAUUGGGGAGACGAUGGGUACUACAAGUUGUGUCGUGGCCAUGAUAUGUGUGGAAUUAACUCGAUGGUCUCUGCGGUUGUCACUCAAGUUUAG